ACUUUUGUCACAAGGCCGUUUAUCGAUAGGAACGCUUCCCGAUUUUUGCCGUUGAACGUUAAGAAUACGAUGAUAGUUUGGUAAGUUAACUUAUAAUUUACUGUAAUGUCUAGAUACACUAGAUAUUCGAAUAAUAACUACUCGUUAAAGUCGCCAUGCCCGUUAAUGGUGCAAAAUAAGAAAUGCACUCUGCAUAGUUUUUUAUACAUUCCUUACAUAUUUUCGGGCAUUAAAAACCGUAAAGCGUAGAAAACUCGGAUAGGUAAAUUGAUGGAAAAUAUGUGAACCCGUUGCAUUAGAUUUUAUUAUGCGCAUUUUAAGAAAGUCCGAUAAAUUCUUGGUCAACCGGCGUGGCCUAGAAAAUUUUUGGCGCGCUGUCAGCAUAGUCGGAUCGCGUGACAGCUGUACGGGAUGCACGGAAGGGUCAGACUAGUUUUAGGCCUAUGUAUUUUUUCGCCCUAAUUGCCAAUUAGCGUCGAUCGCGAUAAGCCGAUGGAAAGGGACUGGCAAAGUGGGAGGGGAUUAGGAAGGCCCGGUAUAAUGACGUCAUUCAGCCUAUGAUGUAACUCUUCCAGAGGUAUUAUAGACCUAUUUUUUUUAAACAAUUUACCGUUUUAAGUCGGCGGGUGAGAGUGUCGAUGGGACAAUAGACUACCAGUUAGGCUUGGGGUAUUCUUACUUUCUCUACUUAAAUAACAUCAUUAGCACAGUUUGCCUAGAAAAGCUCAAACUGAGUUCAAUUUUUAGCUUUCGCAACGCCUGUGUCGGUAAGUAUAAUUGUCAAGCUGAAUUUCUAUAAGCAUAUCCGCACCUGCACGAUUUUCCUAGCUAGGCCUAUCCCUGGCUUUCUUGGCGCCAAAGACACAUCACGUGAUUUUCGGAAUCUUGCAAGCAUGACCUUUGAUCUCGAGACGUUGUAAACCGUUAGCCGUCCUUCCCCUCAAUUCCAAGUGGCCAGAUGUUAGUGUAAUGUGUUCUCGUGUUGUUUUCCGGUUUUUCUUGUCUCUCUUUCCUGCCUUGUUAUUGUUUAUGUUUUUUUCCAUGCGGGUGCGACGAAUUUGAAUAGGCCUAUAAAUAGCCUAACCGACGCUUGACACCCAAAAUAAUAGGCAGUUCUCAUUUUAUUUUCAAACAGAUCAUGCUCGACCUACAGAAGCAACGUUUCAAGCAUUUAUUGGCGAAUGCCAUUUUGGAAUUAUGGAAAAAGGAGACAGGAUCUUUAUCUUCAGUUUUAAUCGAGGGCACAAUAUGUAUUUCCUCCGGCACUGGCAGAACAACAGUUAUUCAGGUAGCCGAUCAUUUUAUGGGCGUUCUCCAUGAUUCAGCAUUGAAUGCAUCAGCUACCUCUGAACAACCCCUUCCUCUAUAUUCCGAAUCAACAGAAAAGAAGCAUGAUUCGGGAGCGUUUUCUGAUGGAGAGAGUGAUCUUAACGUAACCGACGACCCCGAUGACGAGCAUAAAGAUGUGAAUGGCAACGACUACGACGCUGUUGAUAAGAACUGUCGACGGGGAAGGGAGACGCCCCCCGCUACGCCAGCCGAAAAAGACAUGCUACCUCUACACGCAAGUACCCCGGUCCUAGAUUUAAGAAAAGAUGAAGAUUUAUCAAUAUCUUCACCGGCUAAUUACACAACACAAGUGCGAGAUGUAAUUAAGCAGAAAUAUCUAUCUCAACGACCCGUAUCAACUCCACCUACCGGACCCGUUGCGCCCUGGUUCCUCCCGCCUUCUUCUCACCAUCACCUUGCCAACGUCCAUAUGUUAGCAGCCGCCGCUGCCGCGGCCAGUUUACAACCUCCGGCUAUCAAGAAACGAGCCCUUUCAUCGCCUUUUAUGCCCUAUUCUCCACAUCCGGUUUCAGAACCUGCUCAUCACCAGAAAGAAAAACGAUCAGAUACUUCCACUGAUGAAAAAAGGUCUUACCGGUGCGAGUAUUGCGACAAAAAGUUCAUGUUCAAAUCAAAAUAUAAUGAACACUUACCUGUUCACACAAAUGAGAGACCCUUCCAAUGCCACCUAUGCUCCCGAACUUAUAAGUACAAGUACGAUUUACAGGUUCAUCUCAGGACGCAUAUGGGUAUUCCGACUAAAUCGACUAUAUGCCCAUUCUGUCAGGUGAAAUUCGAAUCAAAUAAAUUACUCAGACAACAUAUUCAGGCGGAACACCGCGAUGUUGGAUUAACUAAUGAAGACUCCGAGGAAAAAUGAAUUGCUUGAAAAACAAAAAAAAUAGAAGCUAGAGACUUGAAUGUUAAAAAAGAAUGUUUGGUGCUUUGAACCACCCCUUCAUAAAUUUCUUUUUUUUUUUUCUAUUUCCCCCAUUCUUUUUUAUUUCGUUAGAAAACUUAUUGGUAGAAUUUUUUUACAUGUUGUUUUGAUUAUCAGUGACAAUUUUCAGGUACUUGUUUACUUUAUUAUUUAGAAUGUAAACUUUCAAAUGGAAUAAAGACAAUUGCCUAUUUUUGAGACUUAAUUAA